GGCUGCCGGAGGGUACAAAGUCCGGUGGAUGGUACGGAGUGGUUGGAAGGAAAGUUCAGAUUUUUCGCUUUUACGUUCUUAUCAACUGCAAGUCCGCGAAACCAAACCUAACAGCUUCUUCUUCUUCUUCGGCACAAACCCAUAAAAACCCCUAAAACCCAUCUCUUCUCUCUCUCUCUCUCCGGUCCGAGCAAUCGCUGUCCAAGAUCGCUUCGUUUCCUCUCGAUCUCGCCGAUCCCUAGCAAUAUGGCCUCGAAUGGCGCUUCAGCGAGAGCUGCUGAUGCUACAGAGAACAGCUUGGAGAAGAUCAAGCGGCAGCUUGCUUCUGGGUCUGGUCGGAACUUGCUCCAGGGACCGCUUCUCAAGCGGUCUGAAACUCUGCGGAAAUGGAAUGAGCGUUGGGCAAUACUUGAUCCAACGACCGGGAAAAUGGAAUACAAGACCAGACGAAACGAACCGACUAUUAAGGGAUCGAUUAUGUUUGACGAGAAUAGCACCAUCACCAUCUCUCCUGUGAACUUCCAGGGGCUUCCAAAGUAUGAUGGUUGCUGUUUCUAUAUUGGUACUCCACAGAAGAAGGAUUACUUUUUGUGUGCAGAAACUCCAGGCGCAGCUAGAGCUUGGGUUGCAACUUUACAUGCAACACAGUUAGUCCUCAAGGCCCAUAAGGAGGCUGUUGAUUCUUUAAGUGGGAGCAGUUCUGCAAAACUCGGGACUGUUGCAACUGUUGUUGCUGCUGCGAAUUCAACUGCAUUGGAAUGUUCCAAAGAGAUUCAAGCAGCAAUGCAGAUCUCUUUGAGGAAUGCAUUAGGGACGAUGGCCGUUAAACCAAGGGAUGGACCACUGGAUGAUUUGACGAUCAUGAAGGAAACUCUACGUGUCAAGGAUGAAGAAUUGCAGAAUUUGGCCCGAGAACUUCGUGCUCGUGAUUCUACGAUAAAGGAGAUAGCAAAUAAGUUAUCUGAGACAGCUGAGGCAGCUGUAGCUGCUGCAUCUGCCGCUCAUACGAUGGAUGAACAGAGAAAAAUCGCAUGUUCUGAAAUUGAGCGUUUAAGCAAGGAAUCAGAAAGGCAGAGGGAAGCCACUGAAUCAAAGCUGAAAGAAUUCGCAGAAAAGACUUGGACUCUGAGUAAGGAGAAAGACCAAUUGGUUAAGGAGAGAGACUCUGCUCUCCAGGAAGCGCAAAUGUGGCGGUCCGAGCUUGCGAAAUCCAUAGAGCGGGUUGUAAUACUAGAGGCAGCUGUUCUGAGGGCCGAGGAGAAAGCCAGGGUUGCAGAAGCAGAUGCCGAGGCUAAACUGAAGGAAGCUUCACAAAGAGAGGCAACUGCUUCAAAGGAGAAGCAAGAGCUUUUAGCGUAUGUGAAUAUGUUGCAAGCACAAGUUCAAAGGCAGCAAAUGGACAUGAAGCAAGUGUUUGAGGAGAAAGCCGAAACAUCCAACAGUGAAACAUCACUUCCCAUGACAAAGGACGUGAACCCGUCUGAAAAGAACGUGGAUAAAGCCUGCCUAAGCAUGUCGAGAACAUCCUCAAUACCGGGGGAGAGUGUAGUCCACCUGGCUGAAGAAGAAGAACAUGUGAGUUCUGAACCUGUUGGAGAGAACAAGUGGAAUGAUAUAGAGGCAACAGAGGCGAGAAUAGCCGACGUGAGAGAAGUAGCAUCCGAGAGUGAACAUAGCAGCAGUCUUGAUAUUUCGGUAGUGACUACCUCUGGGAACAAUAGCAGCCAGUGCAAUGUUCAUCCCUCGGAAUCGUUUCAUCAGCCUUGAUCUCGUACAUAUAUAUACACUUGGAUUUUCGGAGGUUUACUGUUAAAAUGGUCUUAUUGUUUGCUUCUGAUCGUUUUCUGAACAAUACAUGUUGGUCCAUGUAGAAGCAAUUCUGGCUUUGCAUGGGACAUAUGUUCUCUCUUUCUCAUUUUUUUUCCUUCUAAUGAAACAUGGUUUUUCGAUU